CUUCAGCAACGUGUAAUAAACACUCACAAAUGCUUUUAAAUAAACUAUAAACAAGAGGAAUUAAAAAUAUGUAUAGACUUUAUUUUUAACUUUUGUUAAUUGCUGGAAGAAAUGUUCAUAGAUGUCAUAUGAAGAACAGUUAACAAUACGUACUAAACUUCAGUGUUGGUUUCGGUGUACAUUUGCCGGUAUGCGGGAUCGGUGACGUUUGGGAUCCAGCAAAAAACGUUUCUAUCUUUCACCACAUAAUGGAAAUCUCGCCGGAAUACUUAAAAAUACAUGUUAUGAAGCUUUUGUCCGAGUAUUCAUGCAAGCAAACUGUGGACGUUUUUGCGACUGGCCAAGCAUUUAGCAGAAUAUCAGAAGAAUAUUUUGUGACUGUCCAAGCGUUAAUACAGACACCUUAGUUGCAGCAUUUGCGAAUAUCCAAGUACUCAUUUAGACUUUCUUAGUGGGAGCUCAUGCGACUGACCAAGCAUUUAAUAUGUGUAUUCUAUGCUUAAAAGAAGUACCUUGAGUAUUCCAAUUUUUGACGAGCUCAUUCAAAGGAAGAAAUUCAACACGCUAUUGUUUUGGAAUGAUAACAUAUAUUAAGAGUUAUUAAUAGUUCACUAGUUGGCAGUAAAUGUAUUUAAAAUAUACAUUAUCUAGUUUAUUGUAAAUUCCGAAAAAGGACAAAAUGGCUUCGUAUCGAACAUAUAUAAGGGACAAAGAAACUCGAAAUUGGUUCAAAGCUUUUAUGGCUUUGAAAAUUACUAAAACUGGAUUGAUAGACUUUGUUGAUGACGUUUUAACACGUGUUCAUCGCAAUAUUUACCAAACUGUUAAAACUGCAAGGCAUCCAAGACCUCAUGAACACUGUAUCGCCUGUUCGACAGAAAACGUUUUGCAGUGUCCCACUCCUGGAAUAUGCUCCAGAAACUGCAAAUUUCACAAUACACGUAAAUACCAGCCCUGUUCAAAGGGUAUUUGUGAUGUAGUGCGUGAUGAAAUCAUAAAACUGCAUCGCUAUAAAGGGCCUUCAUGGAAGAAUACGAAUGCUCAUUUUUGGUGGACUAAUCCAUGGGAAAUUGGCAAAUGUUUCUUACCGAAAGAUGGUUACUCAGAUGUCACUACCAUCAGCGAUUGUGAUUUCAAUGGCUUGAUAAAUAUCCUUAUAAAUUGUGAAGCAUUUGAUACGCAAAUCUUAUGCAAUACCACCAAAUCAGCUUUUCUGUCCGAGAUUCGACAGAUAGGACGCGAUGUACGUCAUUCUCCUGACCAGAAGGUCAAGGACUCUGACCUUGUUGACUAUUUCUACAAACUUAGUAAAUUAUUAGAGGAUCCGACCGCUCUUGCAAAUCUUCCAACCUCAAAAGUUGCUGUGGAACAGCUGAAAAAGCUUCAAAUGGACAAGCUUACCAUAAGUGCAGAGGAUGAAUGGGAUAUGCUGAAGGAUGGACUACGUUUACGAUUGGCAAACCACUACCAAGAUACAUUAGGUGACUUGCCAAUAGCUCCUUUACUGCCUAACAGAGAUGUGAAACUCAAUCAAUUGUAUGUGGUACCGAAAAUUGUCGAAAGGAAGCAUCGAAAUUUUGUAAAGAAAGAACAAGAAGAUAAUAUCAGAACGAUGGACGUUUCAAGUUUCAGUGAUAUAUUUUAUCACCAAAAUAUCGGUUUUCAUAGAAACGUGUACCUGGUAGGCGAACCAGGUAUGGGGAAGACGUCAUUUGCAAGAAAAUGUGCACUGGAAUGGAGUAAUCGAUGUUUGUCUACUGAACAAAAAUCAGACGGCAAUAGCUUCAAAGAUGUUGAUUUUUUCGAAAAUUUCUCUUUCCUGUUCUAUAUAACAUUGAGAGAUUCUUGUCAAAUAUGUGAUUUAACCAGGAUGAUCAGAGAUCAAAUCAUCAACAAGAUCUACCACGAAAAGGAUGCCAACUCUAGUUACAAAAUAGCACAGACAGUGCUUGAAAGUGACACGUGUUUGAUAAUAGCUGAUGGUCUUGAUGAAUGGUCUCACCCAAUGAAAGGACAUUGCGGCUGCAAAAGAGAAGAGAAAGCCACUCCAUUCCGCAACUCGGCAAACAAAGCCACUAUUCUGAUAACAACUCGUCCAUGGCGACUGUCGCAUUUUUGUAUCAGUGACUCAAAGAUAGACAAAUACCUAGAAAUACAAGGGGUUGAGGAUCAAGAAAUUUUAGUCAAAAACGUCCUGGAAAUUCUUCACAAUGGUUCCUCCGCAGAUACGGUGUUCACAGAUUUCAUGAAGGUUAUUGAGAGAAAAAGGCUUCAUGAUCUACUGUCAGUACCUAUACUUACGACACAGUUGGCUUGCAUGUGGUUUGAAGGUAUUGCUUUGACUAACUCCCUUUGCGAUAUUAAUGCUGGAUUGAUACAAAUGCUGUUUCACAGAGGUUGCGUUAAUCAGAGAAGUAUUCCAGGAGAUAUCAACACAGACCUGCCGUCCUUGACGAAGGAGCAUAUUGUUCAAAAUAACCUUCCUCCGAUAUUGAGUUCACUAUCCGAGUUGGCAUACGAGACCUUAUUUGCAGAAUCAAGGGUGUGCUCUGUUGUAUUUAGCAGUGAUAUUGUGUAUAAAACGUUUUCAUGCAAACAAGUAACUCAGCUGUUGAAGUCGGGGUUGCUUACUGAGAAAACAUCAAACUCUUUAAUACAUCUACGAUCACAUUUUUCAUUUAUACACAAAACGGUCCAGGAGUUUCUAGCGGCUGUGUAUCUAUGCAUCAAUGAAAAGUUGUUUGCCCAGUUGCAAAGGCACUUUAAUGAAAAAGGAGACGUUUUAUUGCAAAUAUCUAGAGUCUUUAUUCUCAUGUGUGGAAUGAAGCAGGAUCUUGCCAAUGACAUGUCUGAAUGGAUAAACACACUUACUCCAAAAUGUUCAUGCAAAGAAGCUUUGUUUGGAAAUUAUAUGUACGAGAUCUCACUCCCAGACCCUGAAACUGUUUCAACACUUCAACAGCUAAUGGUCGCAGGACAGACUGAGGCCGCGGCUAGUAGUCAAAAUAACACGCGUCUGAUUCUCAAGCAUUUCAUGAUCAAACAUCACCAAGAUGAAUGGGCAUUAAGAGAGUUAAUGGUAUUUAACAAGUCUCAUAUUCAGACACUGUCCAUAUUUGGAUGCAAUGACACAAUCAGUGAGGAAGACUUGCAAGAUGUUUUCGAUCAUUCCUCAUCGUCACUAACAGCAGUUAUACUCAGCAAACGUAAUGGUCAUUAUGAUAUUUCCAAGUGCCACAAUCUUGAGUAUAUCUCUAUAGGAGGGCACAAAACUGACCAACUUCAGUUACACGCUACAACGAUCAGAACAUGUGAAUUAUGUGACGUGUUACCAAAGGUAGAACAUGACGUGCUGAGUUUGUUCGGGCAAAUGCACACGAAUUGCAAUUUACAUCAUUUGAUAUUAGGAAAGGUGAAGAAUGUUCAAUUACUUUGCAAGGUACUUUCCUGUCUUUCCCAGGUACAGUUCAUUCACAUUCAUAGAACAGACCUUGGUGAACUCCACUUGAUUCCUGCAGAUUCAAUCGAGCAUAUUUCACUUUGGGAGGUGACGAUGACAGCUAUAGCUGUGAAGAAAUUGGUCGAGCGGUUAGAAAACCUGCAACAUAAUGCUGAAUGUGUGUUAGAUGAAUGUGUUGUGAGACCUGACAAUGAGAUGGACACCAUCAGAGAUCAUGUGGGAUCUUCAGCUACAUUAAGGGUUCUUAAAUAUGAACAAUCGGAAGGAGCACAUAAGCAGACUGAAAAUACGUACAAUUUUUCCUUCAAUAUUUUGAUGGAGGAAGAAGAAUGAACUUGAAACAUCAUUAAAAUGUUUGCAACAAGGAUGCCGUUGCAUCAUAAUGAUUACGCAGACACUGAACAAGUAUAUCUAGUCUACGAAGCAACUGUUAAAGUUUAUCAUGUGGUAUAAAUAUUAACAUUUAUGUCGGUACGUUAAGAUGAAGUGCUAAAAGGCAGAAACAAUGAUAUGCCUUAAAAGAAUACCACGUGACAUUUUACCAUAGUUGUUCAGAAAAGCGCUCCAAAUUAUAUGCGAUCGUAACGCCAUUUCAGACAUGAUUUCGUUUAAAUUGUGUCCCACCUUAUGCGCCCUUCGUGAGACCAGGUUGAAUUGUGUUAACAAGAAAACUAUUACAGUAAUAUUUUCACCGUUUGAAACAAUGAAAUAUCUCUUUUGCUGUUAAAUAAUAAUAAUCUAUUUAAAAGCUUGUAAUAAAUAGAAGAUAAUUGAUGAUGAUAUCCGUGUGUGGCCAAAGGGUUAUUUAACACGAGUGGCGUACCUUUGGUGCUCACGAGGUGAACUAUAUUGUGAUCGUAUACUGAAACAAACUUAUUUUCUUUUAAUUAUAUGCGUAUU